AUGACGACAGGUUACUUCGCUGAUCACCGAUUGCAGUUAGUGAUCUGUAAAUAUGAGCUGGUUAUGGUCCGAAGCCCGCAUCAGCGGCAGAAAAAGGAAAAGAGAGUAUCGGAGUGUUCAGAGAGAAAAAAGAAGCAAAAAGACCAGGAAGAUGCAGCGGAGGCAUCCGAGAAACGAAGAAAGAAAAAGGAUGACACCGAGAAAGGCGCAGACGCUUCGGAGAGACGAAGAAAGAAGAAGGAUGACACUGAGAAGGGCUCAGAUGCUUCGGAACGGCGUAGAAAACAGAAGGACGACAAAGAGAAGGAUAAAGGUGAAACUUCAGAGCGGAAGAGGAAACAGAAAGACAAAGAUAAAGGCGAUACAUCAGAAAGACGAAAGGUGCUUUGA